CCUCAGCCAUGGCCGCUCGGGAGAGAGUUGUUUACUUGUUGAAGCAGCUACAAAGUGCAUCGUAAGUGACAAUCUGCCGGCCGGGGCCACUCGGCUGCUUGGCCAGCGCCGGCUGAACGGAACGGGGCCGCGGGGAAUCGGGAAUCUGGCGGCCCUGAGCCCGGGGUCCGCAUAUCGGCGGCUUGUGGGGUUUGCGCUGUCUCGCCCCGCCGUCCCCGGUGAGGGAGGAGGCAGAGCCGCGCAAGUGACUGGCUGUGCGGGCCUCCGGACUUCACUGGCAUCAAUACAACCGGAUACACCGCAAAUGCAUUUAUAAAACUCUCACUCUCAGAUGUCGAUGUCCUGCUCACUCUCAAACCUACUCACAAGCUCCCGGACAUGCUACAACCAGAGCAACAGACUACGCUUUUGAGAUGGCUUGUUCAAACACCCGAUAUGGAAAAGGGGUGACAGAUGAAAUUGGUAUGGAUCUUCAGAACAUUGGGGCCAGGAAAGUUUGCGUAAUGACAGACAAAAAUUUGGCCAAGCUUCCUCCUGUCAGAGCUGUCCUGGAUUCAUUGGUUAAGAAUGGAGUCAACUUUCAAAUGUUUGACAAGGUCAGAGUGGAGCCAACUGACUUAAGUUUCAUGGAAGCAAUAACAUUUGCAAGACAAGAAGAAUUUGAUGCAUAUGUUGCUGUUGGAGGUGGAUCUGUGAUGGAUACAUGUAAAGUGGCUAACCUCUACAGCUGCAGCCCUGAUGCUGAAUUCUUUGACUAUGUCAAUGCACCAAUAGGAAAGGGACAGCCUGUCACCGUUAACCUCCAUCCUUUGAUAGCAGUUCCCACAACAGCUGGCACUGGAAGUGAGACCACAGGUGUGGCUGUGUUUGAUUAUGAAGCAAUGAAAGUUAAAACAGGCAUUGCCAGCAGGGCUCUGAAGCCAUUACUUGGGAUAGUGGAUCCAUUGCAUACCUUGCACAUGCCUGAUCGUGUGGCAGCUUACAGUGGAUUUGAUGUACUUUGCCAUGCAUUGGAAUCCUACACAGCUCUUCCAUACAGUUUACGAUCACCUUGCCCUCCAAACCCAAUCAAUCGUCCAGCUUAUCAAGGAAGCAACCCUAUCAGUGAUGUAUGGUCCAAACAUGCCCUGAGAAUUGUGGCCAAGUACAUGAAACGUGCUGUCCAAGAUGCUGAUGACCAUGAGGCGAGGUUCAACAUGCACCUUGCAAGUGUUUUUGCUGGGAUUGGAUUUGGAAAUGCUGGUGUUCAUCUUUGCCAUGGAAUGUCCUAUCCAGUGGCCGGAAUGGUGAAAACCUUUAAAGCCAAAGAUUACAAUGUGGAUCAUCCUUUGGUGCCACAUGGCCUUUCUGUUGUUCUGACCGCUCCUGCAGUCUUCACUUUCACAGCCUCCAUGUGUCCUGAACGCCAUUUGGAAGCAGCAGAGAUACUAGGAACUGAUACAAAGACUGUGAAACGUGAAGAUGCAGGAUUAGUUCUGGCUGAUACGCUACGGAAUUUCCUGUUUGAUCUGCGUGUUGAAGAUGGACUGAGUGCAGUUGGUUACACCAAAGAAGAUAUUCCAGCUUUAGUCAAAGGAACACUGCCUCAGGAAAGGGUAACAAAACUGUCACCAAGGCCUCAGACAGAGGAAGACCUGGCAGUCUUAUUUGAGUCCUCUAUGAAACUGUAUUGACCUCCAUACAUAUAGUACAGAACUCAAAACUACAUCAUGAAGAAAACUUACUGAACAUAAAAUAAGGAAGCUACUGCUUGGUAUGCCAGCAUGUCAAAGUGUUACUUAAAUAUGUUACUUUAUAUGUUACUGUGUUUUAAAUAUGUCACUUUAUACGUUAGUUCUGAGUGUCACAAAUUGUUAUGCCAGGUUACAAGGAUGUAAUGGUGGCCCAGCACAGUCCCUGGAUAGUGGAAGGGAAAAUGGGUACGUAUAUAACUGGAGCUGCCUCUGCCAGACUUACUCACCUGCUGGAGUUGAAAAUGACGUACUACGUUGUGUCCAGUUCUGGACAGGACACUUUAAGUCAGGAAACAGGAGAUAUUUAGUAGAACAGGACCUGAAGAUGAGCUACAGUUAUAAUGGAGAGAAUGGAGACAUUAGGAUUGUUCUCCUUACAGCCGAGAAAGCUGACGGUUAACAGAGGUUUUAAAAAUAAUGAGUGGUUUUAAUAGAGUGAAUAAGAUAAAGCUAUUUACACGGGUUCAUAAGUUAGUCACUAACCAGAGAUCACUGAUUCAAGAUUAUUGUCAAAAGAACCAGAGAUAAGAUUUUUUUCCACACGUGAUUUGCAAGGCAUUAUCAGCAAAGGACAAGAGAAGUGUUGUAACUGUAAAAAACAAAUGCUCAUAAAUAAAGAUUUUGUAGGAAGUUGUGCUUGCAGUAUGGCUGUGACUAUGGGAAUAUUUGCAUUGGUGUGAGAUUCAUUGCAUUUCUAAAAUAAACUAAACCUCUUAUUCUAAGACUGAUCUCAUGCUCAGAAUAAACGACAGUGCAUUUGUCUAUAAGAAAAUGUUCUAACAUUAUAUUAAUUAACAGUAGGGAUUCUUUUAAUAUAAGGUGGUCUUAAUUGUGUGACACUUAAUUGUCUUAAUUAAGUGUCAAUACUC